AUGGACAAUGUUCAAUAUUCGUCUGACAUUGAUCAACUUGAGAUAGAACGUUCAAACUAUGUACCAGACGGAAAGAAUCUGAACAUUUCAGGAGUUACAGAUAUGGAGGAUGAUGAAGAUGAACACAGCUCUGCCGAGCAAGAGGCUACCAUACCAUUACAAACUCUAGGAGUGGUCAAUGCAUCUGGAAGCGACAUUCAAGAAAAUGGACUACUUGCUCAUGCAUUGGCGAAUGUAUCAAAAGAUCUGAAAAAAGGAGGUUAUUCAAUCAGAGGAUUACUGUUUGUCAAUGAAUACCCUUGGACUGAUGAGGAAGGGAUGAAUUAUGAGGGAUAA